AAACAUUUCGAAGAUUCAGUAUCCUGAAAGGUGUCGCCUUUUUUCCAGUCCUGAGAGUUCCAGUUUGUCUUAAAGUCUGAAGGCAUCAGCCACCUUCAGCCCCUUCAGCAUCUGUCCCAGCGCAGGAAUGCUCUCAAUAUUGGUCACCGUGGGCUUUCUCUGCACAGCCAGUGCCGUUGCUGAAGUAAUGGAAGUGACUCAGCCAGCAAUGGUGCUGGCCAACAGGCAAGGAGUCGCCAGCUUGGUGUGUAAAUACAAGCACAUUGGGAAUGCAAAGGAAAUUCGAGUGACUCUGCUUAAACAGACGGGUGACCAGUUCACUGAAAUUUGUGCUUCAACCUACACAAUGGAGUUUAAAAUGUUCAGUGUGGAAGAGGUCAUUCAGUGCCAUGUUAGCCCUAGCCGAAACAAUGUGACCCUCACCCUCACUGGCCUGCAAGCUAAUGAUACCGGUCUUUACGUCUGCAAGAUGGAGCGGAUGUACCCUCCACCUUAUUUUAUGAACAAGGGAAAUGGGACGCAUCUCUAUGUCAUUGAUCCGGAACCUUGUCCAGACACUGUCAUAUAUCUCUGGGUAUUAGGAGCUACUGCUUCAGGAUUUUUUCUUUACAGUAUCAUCAUCUCAGCCAUUCUCGUGGGCAAAGCGAUAAAGAGAAGACGAUGUCUCACUACUGGGGUCUAUGUGAAAAUGCCUUCUGAAAAGCUAGAGAAAAAAGUGAUUCCAUUCCACAUCACUGUUAACUGAAACAAGGAACGAGAGAAACUGUUUCCUAGCUCGGAUGGAGAGUCUGCUAAUUCACUUAAGUUAAAGAAAUAAAAUUAAUUGUCUUAUUAAAAGGUGUAUGGGAAGGAGAGAGAAUAUUCUUUGUAACUUCUAUGGUUUGGAGGAGAAUAAAUAGUUUAUGCAU